AUGCUAUGCUACUUUAUGGAAAUCUAGGACUUCCCAAGAGAAGAUAAGAUUCUACAUAUGAGCAUAUCGCAUCCUAAAAAAAGGAAUACUUUUGGAAUUCUAAUAAGCCAAAGACGCUUUCUUUUAAUAAGGCUCAAUAUGAACCAUACGCCAUUGAAAACAUAUUUAAUCUUGAGACAAAAUUUAAGAAAUCUAGGUAAACAUUUAGUUUAUUGGGCGAUAAUGCAUGAUGGAGUCUGCUUAUUAUCAGUUAUUUAAUAGAUGAGUCAUAGAAUUAAUUAAUAGGGAAUUAUCCUUUUAAAUAACUUUUUAAGGUUAAAAUAAUUGUCCUAAAUAAUUAUAUUGGAAUGA